AUGGAGGCCGACAAAGUUGCGGGGAUCCGUGCGCUUCGAGAUGCGGACGAAGCCAGAUGCGCCCGAGCAAGUCUCAGUCUCGCCGUGUGCCACGCAACGGGUUCUGGUGUGGCCUUGAUGUUAGCGCGCGCACGAGCACACUGCGAAGUGGCGGCAGAGGCUGGGUUUGUUGACGCCCAAUUCAGUUUAGGAUGCUUGGCUCUCGAUGGAGGCGAUGAUGCCCGGGCUGUUGCCAAGUUAAAGCAAGCUUCGCGUGGAGGCGACGUCGGGGCGAUGAUUAUGCUGGGCGAGCUCUACGAGGCAGGCCGUGGCGUUCCUGUGGACUGCGGCAAGGCGGCUGCACUCUACAGGGCAUGCAAGUUGUCACAGAUAGCGGCGACUCACCUCGGUAUUCUGCAUAAAGAUGGGCGUGGAGUUCUUCAAGAUGGAGAGCUUGCUGUCCGGCUUCUGAUUAUGGGUGCAGAGGGAGAGGCGAAGGUCCUCGAGGCACAAUGUGAACUCGGAGACAUCUACCUAAUUGGAGACCCUAAAAUUGCGCGUGAUGCGGAAAAGGCAGAGAAGCUCCUAGGAACCGCCGCUGCAAAGGGCGAAUCGCAUUCUGCGUACCAGCUCGGAUGCCUCCUCAUCCGUGGCAUGGGAGACGUUUUCCACGAUGAACCGCGCGCUGCAUCAUGUUUCCGCGUGGCUGCCAAGGCUGGCUCAGAUGCGGCUAUCUUCAAUCUUGGGUCUGCACCCCAGCGUCCAAAUGAGCCUGCUUUAUCUGGCCUGCCCGCAGUCAUUCUCAUCGACAAUUCAAUGCCCGCAGGUGCAUGCAUGUUAGAGGCUUCCUGA